AUGGACCAUAAGGCAUCUGAGAACAUCACCAGUAUCGAUGUGGAGGCAGCUGCGGCUGAGGCUUUGGAUGAGGAGCGCAUCGGCCGCCGAGGAAUCACUUUUGAGGAUUCCUCUGUGACUGAUGUCGAUGGCAUGCGAUCUAUCUACCAGCCUACCCAGGGCGGCCGACCACGUUCGAUGAGCCGAGAAUCCCGCGGCUCACGCAGUGGAAUUAGUGUUGCCGAUGGACCAAGCAAUGCUGGACUCCCAAUCGAAUUCCGUACCCUUUCCAUUCAAAUAUCGGAGUCUCAGACACGUCCGAAGGAGGUAGUCACGGAGCCCCCCAAGGAGAAAGUACCCAACCAGGACUAUUUCGAAAGUCUGGAUUUCCACCAUAUUUCGCAAGAGAAACUGUGCCAGGAGUUCAAUGUCGAUCAGCGCACCGGACUGAGCGCUGAUGCUGCUGCCAACCGACUCCAGCGCGAUGGUCGAAACGUACUCUCUCACCAUCGUGAAAACUACGCCAAAAAGUUAUUCUUCUAUGUCUUUGGUGGCUUCUGCUCCAUCUUGUGGGUGGGAGUCAUCAUAUUCUUUAUUUGCUGGAAACCCCUCAGCAAUCCGCCUUCUCCUACUAAUCUUGCCCUGGCCAUUCUGGUCAUUCUGGUUAUCGUCCUGCAAGCCAGCUUCUCCGCUUUCCAGGACUGGUCGACCAAGCGUGUGAUGAACUCGAUUCUCAACCUUCUACCAUCAGAGGCUUUGGUUUUACGUGAUGGAAAACUCACACGCAUCCCUGCCACCGACCUUGUAGCCGGUGACAUUGUCCAGAUCAGUAUUGGGAAUAAGGUCCCUGCUGAUAUGCGCCUGCUCCAAACUUCAGGCGAUGUCCGUUUCGACCGUGCUAUCCUUACUGGUGAAUCUGACGAGGUCGAUGGAGCCAUCGACUCCACCGAUGCCAAUUUUCUCGAGACUCGUAAUAUCGCUCUGAUGGGAACUCUCGUCACCAAUGGAAAUGCCACCGGCAUCGUGGUGCUGACUGGAGGCCGCUCAGUUAUGGGCCGGAUCGCCAAAAUGACAGCCGGGGUCAAGCAAAAACCCACUCUGAUCCAGAAGGAGAUUAGUCGCUUCGUUACUAUCAUCAUUUGUUUGACCAUUUGCUUGGCUUUGCUGAUCCUUUUCGCUUGGGUCGGAUGGCUUCACAAGGACCACAAAUCCUACAUGAGCGUAGUAGCCAUGCUGAACAAUGUCAUGGGCUGCGUGGUGGCCUUCAUUCCCGAAGGUAUGCCCGUUGGUGUCGCUCUGACCUUGAUGAUGGUUGCCAGACAUAUGAAGGCGACCAAUAUCUUGCCAAAGGGCCUUGCAACAGUCGAGACUCUAGGAUGCGUUAACGUGAUCUGCUCGGACAAGACUGGGACCCUGACCCAGAACCGCAUGUUUGUCAAAUCGCUGGGGAUGGUGGACGGAGAGUUCAGCGUUGAUGACUUGCGGAGCCACAUGGAUGAGUCCGAAGCCCUGAGAAACAUGCUCCGGGCGUCUGUCCUGUGCAAUGAUGCCAAUUUCGAUUCGGAAACUUUGAAUCUGCCAAUCCAUGAGCGUGUUGUCAAUGGCAAUGCAACCGAUGCCGCUGUGCUUCGCCUGGCCGACAGUGCCGGUGUUGCCUCCCCAGCAAGCCUCGCGCCAUAUGAGCGUGUCCACCAAAUUCCUUUCAACUCGAAAAAUAAGUGGAUGCUCACAAUGCACCGUGACCCCAGCAUUAGUAAGGGCUACAUGAUCUACGUCAAGGGUGCACCCGAUGUUUUGCUGGACCGAUGCUCCACUUUCUACUCUGCUGUCGACCACGCCAUUCGUCCCCUGGACCGAGAAGCCCGUAAAAAGCUAUCCGCCUUUCAAGCCAAGCUGUCACGUCGAGCGGAACGUGUCAUUGUCCUUUGCCAGCGCCGCUAUGACCCCAUUCACGCGGUUGGAUCCAAUGGGUUCAGUGACGAAAUGCUGGACUCCGGCGUCCAGGAUCUGACUAUCAUCGGUAUCUUUGGUAUCAUUGAUCCGCCUAGACCGGAGACAGCCCAGACCGUUGCAGCCUGCCGCCGAGCUGGCAUCCGGUUCUUCAUGGUUACCGGCGACUUUGGCCUGACUGCUGCUGCGAUUGCUCGAGACAUCGGGAUCUACGAGGGUGAUGUUGAACCAGACACUGUUGAUGAUCUCAACGCUGCAUUUCAGAAAGAGGACCAAGCGUCCCUUUCGUUGUCCCGCAAAAGCCUGCUUCUGGAGGGCUCCAGUCUUUCUGCCCUUACCCAGGAACAAUGGUCUACUGUUUGCGAGUAUGAAGAAAUUGUGUUUGCUCGAACUAGCCCAGAGCAGAAGUUGCGCAUUGUCUCCGAGCUCCAGGCCAACGGGAACACUGUUGCAGUCACUGGCGAUGGCGUUAACGAUGCUCCUGCUCUACGGUCAGCCAACGUCGGUGUCGCUAUUGGAUCGGGCAGUGAUGUUGCGAUUGAAGCUGCUGACUUGGUCCUGCUUGAUCGGUUCGACUCCAUCAUCGAAGCUAUCCGCUUGGGUCGCUUGGUCUUCCAGAACCUUCAGAAGGUGAUUGCCUAUCUUCUUCCAGCUGGUAGUUGGUCUGAAAUCUGGCCUGUGAUCAUGAACGUCUUCUUCGGCGUCCCUUCCCCGCUGAGCUCAUUCUUGAUGAUCAUCAUUUGUGUCUUUACCGAUCUUUUCCUAUCUCUUUCACUGAUCAUGGAGAAGGAGGAAUUCGACCUCAUGAGCAUUCCACCUCGCCGUCCCAAGAAAGACCAUCUGAUCAACUUCCGCAUCUACGGCCAGGCCUAUCUCUUCGUUGGUGUGAUGGAAGCCUUCAGUGCCCAUGCUAUGUUCUUCCUCUACAUGUGGCAAGCCGCCGGGAUUCCGUUCAACGACCUAAUUUUCGCUUUUGAGAAAUACACCGCUGGUUUCCAUGGGUACACGCAAGAUGAGCUCAACCACUUCAACUACGUCGGUCAAUGUGUCUACUUUGUUACCCUGGUCAUCAUGCAAUGGGGCAACAUCCUUUCAGUGCGCAGCAAGCGGAUGUCAAUUCUCCAGGCUGAUCCGAUCCGCCCUGCCCGUCGCAAUCCAUGGCUCCCACUUGCCAUGCUUAUCUCCCUGGUGAUUGCCAUCUUCGUGACCGAGGAGCCUGGUCUGCAGAGUCUGUUCUUGACAGCUUCGGUUCCCAUCAAGUGGUGGUUCAUUCCACUCGGUCUUGCGGUCGGUAUUCUUUGCAUGGAUGAGCUGCGCAAGUUGCUAGUUCGCUUGUUCCCCAAGGGCCCGGUCGCUUGGGUGUCGUGGUAG